CUUUUCUGUACACGUGGCGGGCUCGCGUUUACCCACGGUAAGUAAGCAAAAAGACUGAUCCAUUUUCUUCAGGGCUCACACCUUCGUCCGGAAACGACCUAGGAGAGAAAACCCUCUUCUGAUUUGCCUUCCACUCUUCGACGACUGAGAAAUGGCUAGCAUACAAGGAGGACCCAGGACGAGUGACGAUUUACAGAGCAACGAUGCCUAUUUCCAGAUGGUGCAAAGCAAGAAGAAGCUACCUCGUUCAUUACAGGAAUCUCUGACGGGUUCCUUUGCAAGAAUCCCCGUCUCGUCGUUCCCGCACGUCCCCGGCGGCAAAGUGAUCGAGAUUCCGGCCGACACGCUCAUCGUCGACGCCGUCAAGAUCCUGUCGGAUUCCAACAUCCUGUCCGCCCCCGUGACCAAUCCUGCCUUCGCCGACGACACGGAUUGGAAGAAACGGUAUUUGGGAAUCCUGGAUUACUCUGCUAUUAUCCUCUGGGUGCUCGCGAAUACCGAAUGCGCAGCCGCCGACGUGCUUAGUCAGGAGCCCUGCAAGUCCACGACAGUUAUGUCGAUCCUGAAAACAUACCGUUGGGCGCCAUUUGUUCCGGUGUCGCCGGACAGCUCGAUGCUGAGCGUAAUGCUACUGCUUUCCAAGUACAGGCUUAGGAACGUACCCCUGAUCGAACAGGGCAACGGGUCGAUUCAGAACUACAUAACUCAAUCUGCAGUGGUGACAGGGCUCCAUCGAUGCAAAGGGAGGGACUGGUUCGACUACAUCUCUGCCUGUCACUUGUCGGAUCUUGGCCUGCCUUUCAUGUCCCCCGAUCAGCUUGUGACUGUCCAGGACAGCGAUUUGAUCCUGGAAGCAUUUAAGCAGAUGAAGGACAAACAAAUCGGCGGUCUGCCUGUAAUCGAGAGCGGAACGAAGAAGAUUCAAAGCUCCAUAAGUGUAAGAGAUGUUCAGUACUUACUGUACAAUACUGAGCUAUCUCCCAAAUUCAGGGAGCUUACUGUGAAGGACUUCAUAAGUAGCAUUGGUUCGGACAAACUGAAAACGUGCAAGCCGGAUUCGACUCUAGGCGACGUGAUCGAAGCACUUGCUUCGAUGGCGGUUCACAGAAUUUAUGUGGUUGGAGAUGAUGAGGUUCUUGUGGGAGUGAUUACGCUGAGGGAUGUGAUCUCGUGCUUCAUUAAUGAGCCCGCGAAAUUCUUCGAGAAUUUCUUCGGGUUUGGCGGACAGGAGGGGCUGAAUCGGUAAUAAUAUACUUAUACCAGUAGUAGUAUAGAUUUUAGGUUGGGGGGAGGGUGGGUGAAUUGUAAGUGAGGGAGGGUCUUAUUAUGCAGAGGAUUUGGCAGAGCAGUUGCUAAUUACUAUGGUUGGAUCUGCCUUGUAUGUAGCAUAUGUCUGUCUUGUCUUCCUUGGGUUGUAGUAGUGUUCAUACUUCUCAUGAACUCUUAUCUGCAGCCAAAAAUAUUUAUUUUGGUUCCAAUAUAUUAAAAAAAAAAAAAAAAAGUAUCGGUUCCA